AUGAUGCUGUAGGAUCUUGAAUGUUUGCCGAUGAAAAGUUUCUGUCAGUUUAGACGAGAAUGUAGGAAGAACAACUGAGCCAGAGAAGAAGGAGUAAGAGAGGAGGAGCUUCACGUCUCCAAGGAGAUGUUUAACGGAUCCAGAUCCCCAUUAGAGUCAGAGCUGCACAGUCAGAAGACAUGUGGAGGAUGUUUUAUUUGAGAUGAUGGAGAAACACUGAAGACUUCUUCAAUAUUAAAAACAUCUCAAGAUUUAAAGCAAACAGAGUCAUGAUGAGUGAAGAAAAAAACCUGAAAAAGACAAAGACAGCCUACGACCAAGCUCCUGAGUCUGAUGAAUCUGCUGGACUGAGACAACACCUGGGACAGGUAACGGCAAGAUGUUGAGUGCAGCCCAGCAGCUGUGUUCAGGGUCUCCAUCAUGGACAAUAUGACACCUGGCAGCCCUCCAGGUGAGAUAGACCUGAAGGACUACAACUACCUAGCCCUCGUUCUCGGUGUCCCGCUCAUCCUGGUCAUUAUCCUGGGGAACGUCCUGGUGUGUCUGAGCGUGCUCACUGAGCGGUCCCUCAAGACAGCCACAAACUACUUCAUCAUCAGCCUGGCUGUGGCCGACCUGCUGCUGGCUGUGUUGGUUCUGCCGCUCUACGUCUACUCUGAGUUUCUGGGAGGCAUCUGGACAUUGAACACCUACAUCUGUGACGCACUGAUGACAAUGGAUGUGAUGCUGUGCACCGCCUCCAUCCUGAACCUGUGUGCGAUCAGUGUGGACAGGUACAUUGCUGUGGUCGUUCCCCUCAAGUACAACAGGAACCAGUUCAGUGUUCGGCAGUUGGCGCUCAUUGCUGCCACCUGGGUUUUGUCUUUCGGUGUGGCAAGUCCUGUUAUCUUCGGACUGAACCAGGUGCCAGAUCGUGACCCCACCGUGUGCAAGCUGGAAGAUGACCAUUUUGUGGUGUACUCAUCCAUCUGCUCCUUCUUUGUGCCUUGCCCCGUCAUGCUCUUCUUGUAUUACUGGAUGUUUCGUGGCCUGCGGCGUUGGAGCGGCCGUACCCGUUCACAGGGUGCAUGUGACGGCCGACGGGCCCUCUCCUUACGCUUCAGCUCUGCCUUCCGCCGGGCCAAGGCCACAACAACGGGAAGUCAGGAAAAAGUGGUCUACACCACACCCUCUGGGCUGAGCCCCACCUCUCCUUCCACCAUUUCCAUGUUAACACCCUCAGCGACCCCAGUGACAGAGGAGCAGCAGGAUGGGGCGGUGGCCAUGACAGAAAGUGACCCAGUGACAACACACAUGGACAGUAUGUCAGAUGGAGACCUAACAGAGAGGAGGGAUGGAGGAAGUAGGCGGGGAAAGAUGAAUGCUGCAAAGAGAGGGCGAAGAAACAGCAAAAGCAGCAGAGUGAGUGGCAGAGAGCGCAAAGCCAUGAAGGUCCUGCCAAUCGUUGUAGGUGUUUUCCUGGCCUGUUGGACGCCCUUCUUCGUGGUUCACGUCACUAAAGUGUUGUGUCUCUCCUGCCACAUUGGCCCCACCCUGAUCUCUGUGGUCACAUGGCUUGGUUACGUCAACAGCGCAGUCAACCCGAUCAUCUAUACCGUAUUCAACGCCGAGUUCAGGAACGUCUUUCACAAACUUCUCUGUUGCCAGACAUGAGACUAAAGAUCUCAGACAUUUGCAGAACAUCUCAGCAGAAAUGUUCUUUAUGUAAACUUUUAGAUUCUAAAUGUUUUGUUGUAUGAACUGUA